AUGCACACUACCCGGAAACUGGUUCUUCAUGCUCGUCAGAGCUACCAAUCGGUUAGUUCGCCCUCUCAUAUGGUUUAUCAAUUCACCUGCAGUUGCGGUGAUGUUUACAUAGGCAAGACUAACCGUCGGUUGGCUCAGAGGGUGGCUGAGCACUUGCCAAAGUGGGUCCAACAAAUGAUAGCGCAACAGAACGGAACGCGCCACAGAACAAAUCGGAGUCCGUCAUCAUCUAUUGCUGAACACGUCUUGACAACUGGUCACCACGUGAACCCCCCUGAUGCGUUCAAGGUGUUAUUACGUAACCGGAGACCGAUAAUGUUGGCAAUCAGUGAAACGUUGCUAAUUAGC